CUCCCGCCUCCCCCUGUGUGGGGCCCCGAGCCAGCCAGCAAAGCUGAGGAUUUCACUUCACUCGGGCUGGGUAAAGAAAGCAAAGGAGGUGCUGCGCGCCUCCAGGACAAGACCCGACAGCAAACUGAAUCGGAAUGGAUAAUAACGACACAUACUUACAUCUCAACACUAGUGCUCUGAAUUCCUCCCUUUCUCAGCACCCACCCAUGAGCUCCAUGGUGGGUCAUCCAUCCGUCAUCAGUUCCUCCCGCCUAUUGCAGUCUCCCAUGAGCACGCUGGGUUCCUCCAUGAAUGGCCUAACCUCACCCUACUCUGUCAUCAUCCCGUCUUUGGGUUCCCCAUCAAUUUCCUUGCCAUCUGCGCCCAGUAUGGGCUUUAACACUCUCAGCAGCCCGCAGAUUAACUCUUUGAAUGUGACUAGCUCAGAGGACAUCAAGCCUCCACCGGGAUUGGCCCCACUGGGCAACAUGAGCAGCUAUCAGUGCGGUAGCCCUGGAUCCCUGUCCAAACACAUCUGUGCCAUUUGCGGGGAUCGAUCUUCAGGGAAGCACUAUGGUGUUUACAGUUGUGAAGGUUGCAAAGGCUUCUUUAAGAGAACCAUCCGAAAAGACCUGACCUAUACGUGUCGAGACAGCAAAGAGUGCCUGAUCGACAAACGCCAGCGCAAUCGCUGCCAAUACUGCCGCUACCAGAAGUGCCUGGCCAUGGGCAUGAAGAGGGAAGCGGUCCAGGAAGAAAGGCAGCGUGGGAAGGAGAAAAGCGAUAAUGAGGUGGAAUCAACGAGCAGUUUCAAUGAAGACAUGCCUGUGGAUAAGAUUCUGGAUGCAGAGCUCGCAGUCGAACCUAAGGCUGAGACUUAUUCAGAGGACACCCCAGGCAACUCAGUAAGCCACAGAUUUGAAACGAAUGAUCCAGUCACCAAUAUCUGCCAUGCAGCUGACAAGCAGCUGUUCACUCUGGUGGAGUGGGCCAAAAGAAUACCUCAUUUUUCCGAUCUGCCUCUGGAUGAUCAAGUCAUUCUGCUUCGAGCAGGAUGGAAUGAGCUCCUCAUCGCUUCAUUCUCUCAUCGCUCAAUCACAGUUAAAGAUGGCAUCUUAUUGGGCACAGGCCUCCACGUCCACAGGAGCAGUGCUCACAGUGCUGGUGUGGGCUCCAUUUUCAACAGAGUACUUACCGAGCUGGUUUCUAAAAUGAAGGACAUGCAGAUGGAUAAGACAGAACUGGGUUGCCUUAGGGCCAUCGUUCUCUUCAACCCCGAUGCAAAAGGCUUGUCAAACCCAGCGGAGGUAGAAGCACUGAGGGAAAAGGUUUAUGCCUCACUUGAAACCUACACCAAACAGAAAUACCCCGACCAGCCUGGCAGGUUUGCUAAACUUUUAUUGCGUCUACCUGCUCUCCGAUCCAUCGGGCUCAAGUGUUUGGAGCACCUAUUUUUCUUCAAGCUGAUUGGCGACACGCCGAUAGACACUUUCCUGAUGGAGAUGCUUGAAGCCCCCCACCAGAUCACGUGACACAAGUUCCAACUGGCCAUUUUUUGUACAUAUUCCCAUGUAACUAAUAUAAUAAGACAUGAUUGAAGCUGCAUAUUUUAUACCAAGCAAGAAAUUAUUUUUCUUGUGAAAAUUAUGGGGAGGGAAAAGGGAAUAAGUGGGUUAUGUCUUAAAAUAUACAGAUGAAAUUAAUUUUACUGGAAUGGUUGUAUUAGAAAGAUGUUUGUCUCUGUAAAUAGCUAACAUCAGAUAUCCAUUCUAAUGGCAAGACAAUGCAAUAAAGAAAAUAUAUUUUAUUCAAAGAGUGCAUUUAUCAAACCAAGACAAUAAUUUCUAAAAUGAAGUUUAGAAUUCUGUCUAAAUAAAUAUUUAAAUAUUUAAACGCUA